UCAUGUUCAUAAAGAUCAUGGCUAUCCAGUUAUACUGCAUACACACAACUGGAUGCAUGUUAUAUCAACUUGCCACAGAUUUUGAAGGUCUUCCUCAAAUAUAUCAAACUUGGAUGUCAGAUAUCCAAAUUGGCAACCAAAAUCUCUCAGGACUCGGGAAUGUGCAGAAAUACAUUGCAUCGACCUAUUUUGCCACUGUCACACUGUCCACCGUUGGCUAUGGAGACAUUCACGCAACUAAUCUGACUGAGAUGGUAGCUUUGGCAUGUCUAAUCAUCGUUAGCUUAACUGUGUGGACCUACUUAGGUGUCCAACUAGCAAACCUCUUUGGGAGAAGAUCGAAGAAGCAAAUAGUUGGAGAGAAGAUGGAUAAUCUGGAGAAGUAUCUGAAAGAAGCCAAAAUUGCUGAGAAUUUAGCUGAAGACAUCAGAGGUCAUAUGCAGAUGAAAUACAGUGAUGAUUACGAUAGGAAAAUUCUUGAAGAUGUUCCAGCUUGUCUCAUAGCCAAGAUAAAUAAAAAUUUCAAUGAAAGCAUUAUCAGGAGUGUCUCUCUAUUCAACGGAUGUUCACCUGAUUUUUUUAAGCAUCUGGCUAGUGGGGCUCAACAAGAUUUCCAUCCCCCAGGAUGCACAGUCUUAAAAGAAGGAAAUAUUGUGAGCCAACUACACAUCUUAUACAAAGGAGGCUUGGAACUAUUGCAAGGAGGAACUGUACAUCCACCUCUUACAAGGCCUACUACAGUCUUCGGAUUAGAAUCAUUUGUCUUGAAUGAACCUCUUCCACAUACUAUCCGAACCUACAAGGCAAGCAAGUUUCUCAUCAUAAGCAAAAAAUAUUUCAUGGAGUGUCUUCACAACUAUCUCGAAGAUGGAGCGAGUGUGAUGAGAAAUUUAUCAAAUGGGAGAGAUCCUGCUUUUGUUGAGAGGCUAUUGCAGUCGGUAUUUGGUAUUCAAAUGCAAAAGGAUGUGAUCAGGAAGGCAUCUUUGCUCAACCAUGCAAUAUUUUUUGAAGAUCUUGAGAAGGUUAAAAAGUUGAUCCACUGGGGAGUAAGCAUGGAUUCUGUCGAUUAUAACAACAUAAAACCAUUGGAUUUUGCAAUCAAUAGAGGAAAUACAGAGAUCAUCAGUUUCCUCAUGAGUGUAGUAGCAGAAACGAACACUACAGGGAUAGAUCAAGAACAUGCUGAUUAAGCUAUGUGAAGAGCAUACGACAUGUUAUCAGGAUUUCCACAUCGAGCUACUACUUUUGGAGUUUCAGCAUCUUCCCUUCUAUCACAAACUUUUUUUUUAUUUCUUGAUCGCUGUCUUUAAUGAGAAUUGCACAACUAUUAUCACUUUCUCAGGUUUUGGUUUUAGUACAUUUUUCGGAGGAGUUUUAUGUUGUAAUCUUUUUCAUUGCC